UAUCAUAGCAACCAAGAAUGUAAUCAAAUGAGCUAAAGGUCUGUCCGGAUGGCAUUUUUUUUUCAUACAGUAUCAUUUGCAACUGUUUCGAUGAGCGUAACAUCAUUUAAAAAUUUAAUCACCUAAACACGUGUUUCUUUUGUUUUUGAUAUAUUUUUGGGGGGUUUUGUUUGGAAGUAGCAGAAGCUGCCAAAAGGUAGCGUCAGCUCGCAGAGGGAAAAAUGGAGCCGACUCCACAUCAACGCAUCUAUGUUGAAAGAACCCUGGCUCUCAUCAAACCUGAUGCGGUUCACGAGUCCGAGGAGAUCGAGGAUGUCAUCUUGAAGGCAGGCUUCGUUAUCCUGCAGCGGAGGCUGCAGCUGAGUCCUGAGCAAUGCAGCGAGUUCUACGCACACCAGUAUGGAAAGCUCUUCUUUCCCAGCCUGACGGCCUUCAUGAGCUCCGGACCCAUUAUUGCCAUGACGCUGGCUCGAGACAACGCUAUUGCCCACUGGAAGUACAUGAUGGGGCCUGACAACAUCUCCAAAGCCAAAGAAAAUCACCCAGAGUGCCUUCGAGCAAAAUAUGGAACUUCCGACCUAAAGAACGCUCUUCAUGGCAGCGACUCGUUUCUCACAGCAGUGAGGGAGAUUAAAUUCAUGUUUCCAAACACUGUAAUCGAGCCCUUUCCAUCCAGAGGGGCAACUGAGGAGUACCUGAGCCAGAGCGUAAACCCAGUUCUCCUACGUGGACUCACUGAGCUCUGUAAGGAAAAGCCUCUCAACCCCCGCAUCUGGCUUGCUGACUGGCUACUGAAAAAUGAUCCAAACCAGCCUCAAAUAUGUGGAGUCACUGUGGAAGACGAAAACUGACGGCCAAAGAGCGAUAUAAGGAAGGGCGUUUGCUGUUUUUACUUUUGUUUGCUUUUGACAAAUUCAUCUGUCCAGUGUUAUAUAUGUAAAUAUACGAGUAUUUGGGAACACU